AUGUCGUUGUCGGCGUCGGAGAUCGCUCAGAAACUGAAUCUGCUACCUCAUCCAGAAGGUGGCUUUUACGCAGAAACAUUCCGAGAUCACUCCGUUCAUCUUUCCACCUCUCACCUCCCUCCAGAAUACAAAGUUGAUCGUCCCGUUUCAACUUGCAUAUAUUUUCUGCUUCCAUCGGGUAACAUGUCUCGCCUUCAUCGUAUCCCUUGUUCCGAAACUUGGCAUCAUUACAUCGGAGAACCCAUCACCGUGGUGGAAUUGAAUGAGACAGAUUCAAGUGUUAAGUUUACAUGUCUUGGAUCUGAUCUAACUAAGGAUCAGACACCGCAAUACACGGUUCUUCCCAAUGUCUGGUUUGGUUCUUUUCCGACCAGUGAUUUCACUGUCUCUGCGGAUGGGUCAUUUUUGAAGGGUCCAGAGAGAGAUGGUGAGAGUCACUACUCACUUGUAGGAUGCACUUGUGCACCUGGUUUUCAGUUCCAGGAUUUUGAACUUGCUAAACGUUCUUACCUCGUUUCACGUUUUCCUCAAUUCGAGACUCUCAUCAAUACUCUAACGUUUCCUGAGUAA